AUGGAUGAUAUCCGCUCAACCUCAGGCCUCUUCAACACUACCAUGUCGUCAAAAGGAGUCGCUGUUGUCACUGGAUCAGCACAAGGGAUUGGGAGGGCAAUUGCACUCAGACUGGCUGAGGACGGCUAUGACUUGGCCAUAAACGACAUAGCAAAUAACCAGCAGAAUCUUGAAUCACUCGCUAAGGAGAUAGAAAGCAAAGGUCGCAAGGCUACGACGGUUUUAGCAGAUGUUUCUCAAGAAGAAGAGGUGAAGAAAAUCCUAGACCACGUCAUUGAACAUCACGGCGGGGUCAAUGUCUUCGUCGCCAAUGCUGGGAUAGCUGGCCCAGCUGGUGGGGGCUUCGCAACUGUUGAUGGCGAAACUUUCGACCGUGUCAUGAAUAUUAACGCUCGCAGCACUUUCCUCUGCUACAAGUACGCUGGACAACAAAUGAUCAAGCAAGGGGGCGGUGGACGCAUCAUUGGUGCUUCCUCAGUUGCCGGUAAAAAGGCUAUCGCUACUCAAGCUGUCUACUCCGCGUCUAAAGCUGCUAUCAGGGCUCUCACUCAGGCCGCCGCACAGGAAUUUGGACCGAGUGGCAUUACAGUCAAUGCAUACGCGCCCGGCGCCAUCAACACUACAAUGCUCACUGGCGGUUUUGAGCAAGCGGAUGCUAUCAUUGGCCAUUUCAAAAGUCUGUCGCCACUCGGUAUAGUUGGUGAACCGCAAGAUAUCGCAGGCCUUGUUUCGUACCUUGCUUCAGAUGAAUCACGUUUCAUUACCGGCCAAAGCAUCUCAAUCAACGGUGGACUUUUUUUUGAUUAG